AUGGAUUAGGAAGAUAAUGCUCAACUCCAAUCAAACGAUAGAGAUGGAGUCAAUGCUAAGGAAUAAGGAUCCUAGAAAAAAUAUCGAGUUCAUAACGACAAUAUGAAAACUUUUAUGAUAAAGAUCAUGAUCAUAAAUGUUUUACAGACUCUAUUUAAUGGACUACGUUACUAAUUUUAUUUGAAUAAUAUAAAAAUUAAAGAAAGACUAGAAUUGUCUUUAUUGAUUUUGCUAUUCUAUCCAAUCAUGAUAGUAUUAUUUCGAUGUUAUCGCAAAAGUACAAAAUUUAAGAACUCAUUAUGUAGAAAUUUAUGAUAAGUUUAGGUUUAUAUUCUUUUUUUAUAUUAUUCUUCAUAUCAUUUGUACCAUUUCCCUCUUAAUUUUAUCAAGUUUUUCAGGACUUUGAUUAAUUGUCUUAUUAAAUCAAUUAUUUGAUGUUGGCAAUAAUCAAUCUAAUAGUAGCAUAUCCAAUGAAUAUUGUCUACCUUUAUUUUACUAAUUAUUUGAUGGAAAGAAGUAAUAAAAUUCCAUUAAAUUUUAUAGAUUUUCAAAUUAUUCAAUAUAUUGUUGCAUUCUUAGUUGCAAUCAUAUAUUUAAUAAUUUUUUUACCUAAAUGUCAUGAAGCUGGAUCAACCAUUUGUUCUAUGUAUUAAUCUGUUAUCAGUAUAUUAUAUUUUUAAGGAAUAAUGACUUUAUAUUUAUUGAUAUAGGUAUGAUUUUUAUGAGUUAUUUAACAGAUAUAGCUUUUGUUUGAAACUUUAGAAGGAAAACACAAGUUACAACCAAAUUAAAUUAUUUAUGGAUAUAUGCAAAUACAGACCAGAAGUUUUUUAUAUUGCUUUAAAGAUUGA